UACCCUCAGAACCUUGGAGCAUGGCAGGGAAUGCAGCUCGACACCGAGAUGAGGUGGAGCUUUCUGUGAGGUAAUGUGAUUUGAGAAAUUCACGGCUGCUCUUGGCACUCUGAAUGACACACAGUCAGCCUGCAGGGAUGAGUUUCACAGAGGCAGAGAUGUGUUUUGUGCUGUGCUGAGUGGACUUGUCACAGGAUUGAACCAACUCAUGUUGAGCAGAGCUGAAGACAUCAUGUAUAAAAGUGUUCCUGAUCAGUUGGAAGUGUGAGCUGCAGUGAUAUGAGUCUGUUGCUCUGGUUCAGUGAAAGCAGAUUAUUUCUGCUGCCUUUGCUCUUGCUGUGUUGUGGGACUCUUUCUACUUGGACCAAGAUCAGCAAACACCAAGGUUCCCACAAAGGGGCGCACAACCACUCUAAUGACAUCGUGCUGGCUGUCAUACUCCCUCAACACAAUACAUCCUAUCCCUGGGCAUGGCCCCGUGUGGGUCCCGCACUGGACCGUGCCAUUGCUCGUGUCAAUGCCAACCCCAAUCUGCUGCCCCGGCACCGUGUCCGCCACGUUUUCGCAAACAGCGAGGACAGGGAUGGUAUCUGCUCCGAGUCCAUGGCCCCCCUAAUGGCUGUAGAUCUGAAGUUUGAACACAAUCCAUGGGCCUUCAUAGGGCCCGGCUGUGACUACACCUCAUCCCCUGUUGGGCUGUUCACUGCUCAUUGGGGCCUCCCCAUGAUCACAGCUGGGGCCCCUGCUGUAGCUUUCUUGCAAAUGGAGAUUUACACCUCCAUCACCAACACAGGCCCCACGCACAAGAAGCUGGGCGAGUACGCACUUCACCUCUACAGACAUUUCGGUUGGAACCAACACUCCCUGUUGAUGUUCAGCGACACCAAAAUGGGAGAAAGAGCCUGCUAUUUUGCCCUGGAGGGUCUUUACACAGAAAUGCAUGAGGAAAACAUCACAACCAUGGAUCUUGUGUUCGAGGAGAACAAAGGACCAGUUAACUAUUCAGAACUCCUGCACAAAAUCCAGGGUGAUGGCCGAGUGGUGUUUGUGUGCUGCUCACCGGAUGUUUUCCGCCAGUUGAUUGUGCACUUCCACAAGGCUGGUCUCCCUAAGGAAGAAUAUGUCUUCUUCUACAUUGACAUCUUUGGACACAGUUUUAGAUCAAGGCCUUCUCAGCCGUGGGCCAGAGGAGACUCGGAUGAUGUCUUUGCGAAGGAGGCUUUCCAGAGUGUGAAGAUUCUGACCUACCUUGAGCCACAGAAUCAGGAAUACAAAGACUUUGUAACUGACCUGAAAUCGGAUGCCAAACGGAUGUUCAAUUUCACAGUGGAUGACUCUUUAAUGAACAUCAUCUCGGGUGGUUUCUAUGAUGGUCUGAUGCUGUACUGCCACGCUCUAAAUGAGAGCCUUUCAGACAGCCAUGAACGACCUUCAGGAGAGUCUGUCAGCAAGCGAAUGUGGAACCGGACCUAUUAUGGAGUCACAGGUCUAGUGCAGAUUGAUGAGAAUGGAGACAGAGAGACUGAUUUUGCCCUGUGGGACAUGGCUGACAUCAACAGUGGCGACUUUCAGAUCGUGGCAGUGUAUAAUGGCACUCAGAAGGAGAUGAAUAUUCUUCCUGGGAUGGCAAUCCAAUGGCCAGGUGGUAAAGUCCCUAUGGAUGUGCCCACCUGCGGCUUUAAGAACGAAAACCCUGCCUGUCGAGCACGAACCAUCGCAAUGCACCAGAUGAUUUCCAUUGUGCUUUUCCUCAUCCUCAUCAUUAUCUUCACUGUGACUGUUUUUAUAUACAGAAAGCUGAAGCUGGAGAAAGAGUUGGUCGCUCAGUUAUGGAGGAUUUCCUGGGAUGACAUUCAGAUGAGCCAUCUGGAAAAGGCCCUGAGAAGCACUGGCAGCAAACUCACUCUCUCACUAAGAGGUUCUAACUAUGGAUCGCUGCUGACGACUGAUGGAAAUUUCCAGGUGUUUGCUAAGACUGGCUACUUUAAGGGAAAUAUUGUGGCUAUUAAAUACAUCAACAGAAGGCGCGUGGAGUUAACGAGGAAAGUGUUGUUUGAACUGAAGCAUAUGAGGGAUGUGCAGAAUGAGCAUUUGACCCGUUUUAUUGGUGCCUGCAUCGACCCACCCAAUGUCUGCAUUGUCACUGAAUACUGCCCUCGAGGCAGCCUGCAGAAUAUUUUGGAGAACGACAGCAUUACACUAGAUUGGAUGUUCAAAUAUUCAUUAAUCAGUGACAUAGUAAAGGGCAUGGCUUUUCUUCAUAACAGUGUGAUUGUAUCCCAUGGCAACCUGAAGUCUUCCAACUGUGUGGUUGACAAUCGUUUUGUGCUAAAGAUCACUGACUACGGGCUGUCCAGCAUCAGGACGGAGUCGGACACGGAGGACGCCCACUCUUAUUAUGCACGUAAGCUGUGGUUGGCUCCAGAGUUGUCGAGAAUGGAGUGCUUUCCUCCAGGAGGCACACAAAAGGGGGAUGUCUACAGUUUUGGCAUCAUACUUCAGGAAGUGGCUUUACGCAGAGGAGUCUUUUACCUGGAGGGAGACUUGCUAAGCCCUAAAGAGAUUGUGGAUCGGGUGGCUCUGGGUGAAUGGCCGUAUCUCCGUCCAUCACUGAACCCUCAGGCACACAGUGAGGAGCUCGGUCAGCUGAUGCAGCGCUGCUGGGCUGAAGAACCAUCAGACAGACCUGAGUUCAGCCAUAUUAGUGUGUUACUCCGCAAACAGAACAGGGAGCACAGGAGUAAUAUCCUGGAUAAUCUUUUGUCUCGUAUGGAGCAGUAUGCUAAUAAUCUAGAGGAGCUGGUAGAGGAGAGAACCCAAGCCUACCUAGAAGAGAAACGCAAGGCAGAAGCUUUACUGUACCAGAUCCUCCCUCAUUCAGUAGCAGAACAGCUGAAGAGAGGUGAGACGGUGCAGGCUGAAGCUUUUGACUCUGUCACCAUCUAUUUUAGUGAUAUUGUAGGCUUCACAUCACUGUCAGCGGAGAGCACACCUUUGCAGGUCGUCACCCUCCUCAAUGACCUCUACACUUGCUUUGAUGCCAUUAUAGACAAUUUCGACGUUUACAAGGUGGAGACAAUAGGCGAUGCUUACAUGGUAGUUUCAGGACUGCCAGUACGAAAUGGGAAACUGCAUGGUCGUGAGAUUGCACGGAUGUCCCUCGCUCUGUUGGAGGCUGUCAAAACCUUUAAGAUUCGCCACCGACCCGAUGAGCAACUCAAGUUACGAAUCGGCAUUCACAGUGGCCCUGUAUGUGCUGGUGUAGUUGGGCUGAAGAUGCCCAGGUACUGUCUUUUCGGAGAUACAGUGAACACAUCCUCUCGUAUGGAGUCGAAUGGAGAACCUCUGAAGAUUCACGUAUCAUCAGCCACUCGAGCUGUGCUGCAGGAAUUCAACUGCUUUCAGCUGGAGCUCAGAGGAGAUGUGGAGAUGAAGGGGAAAGGCAAGAUGAGGACCUACUGGCUUCUGGGAGAAGUGAAGGCCGGUGAUUGAGAGCGAAGGGCUCCGCUGCUCAACUGACCCUAGUAGCCAAACACAUCCACAGGGGAACCAAGCCAAGACUGUUCUGUUGGUUAAACGCACACGCAUGUAAUCUUGUACAGCACUGGAUGACGUCUUGUAUAUAUGUAAUUUAAAGAUGUUUCUUUUGUAAGACCACGAGCUUCGGCUUUUAACAGAGUGACGGUUGAGUGUGAUUGAACAUCGACCCCUGCUGGAGAAGUAGCGACACUGCUGGUUUGAACUAUAUGUAUGCACUGUAAAAAAUUGACAAAACGUGAUGAAAGCAAAUGUUUUUAUGUUACUGUUACUAAUUCUAAUCAGUUAAUAUAAUUUGUUUCAGUUAUGCAAAGUUCAACUUAAUUUUUUUGUAUGUAAUUUGCGAUGAUUAGAAACAUUCAUUUGAUUUUAAAACAAAAUUAGGCAAGAUUUUAUUACAGUAUAGGCUAAAUAAAUACAAUAACUUCCAGGCUGUGUGAGAGAGAAGACGGUUAAAUAUUAAAGAUUAAGUUAUUACAUUUUAGUUCUCAAAUAUUACUUGGCCUUUAUUAUUUAAAUGUUUUGAAGACCUGCAUCCAUUUCUUAUCAUUUACUAUAUUUCACUAAAGUAAGAUUUUUAGAUUUAAGUUUUCCAAAUCAUUUUAUUUCACCCAUCAGACUUUUGCACAUGUACAUUCCUCCUCAAGCCAUGCAGUUUGUCUCCUGGAUGCUCCUGCUCGGGCUUCAGUUUUUGUAAGGAUGUGAUGUAAAAAUAAUUGGUGUGAUCUAUACAGCAUUUUUGUGAGCAACACACAACUACUGCAGAUUUAACAACGCAUAAAUAAUUCAUAAAAAUAAAAUCAGCCUGCUUUCA